UUUAAGACAUAAUCAUAAUUCUUUGAAGUAUUUUAAAAUUUGAAGUGUAAUGAAUCUGAAUAGAUGUCUGCUAUUUUUUUACAGUUGGCAAAAAUAGCUGUCUGUCUACAUCUUGUGUUCCCUUGUCCCAUUGUAGGACCCCUCCCAUUCCCACAAGGACACGAGAUCUUCCUGUUUUGGCGAGGACAGGAGGUUUGUGGGAGAAAGAGAGAGAGAGAGCUCCCACCUUCUUGAUACCUCAACACUUGAUAACACUUGGAUGCACAUGCAGAUGGCAAAGUGUGUGUGUGACAGCAUGUGCCUCUACGUCUUCUGCCGGUGUCUGAUGAUCCUCUGUUGGAUGGGCUGCUGCUCCUGCGCGGUCCUGCCAGACUCUUAUGGAUUGCUGCCGGAAGCCACCAUGACAGCUACAAAGAGGCCGGUGUCCGCCGAGGAGGCAGGAGAAAGGAGCCCGAGCGUGUUGCCCACACGCUCCAGAGAAGCCUCCCUUGUCCCUCAGAGCAGCACAACGUGCUUCCUGGAAGACGUGCUGGCCGCCUUGCGAGAGGCUCUCGAGGACGAUGACCAGCUGACACCAGCCAGCGUUAACUUAUUCGGCAUGUGCGCGGCGUCUGGCGGUCUCGCAGUCUUGUUGGACCUGGCGAAGGACGCAAAGAAGAAACAAGGAGGUGGGCUGGAGCUCCUGCAUCACACUGAAGUGUUUUUUGUGGAGGACGAUGGGGAAGCACUGAUGCUCAACCUUCACAUCCCACCAUCUACUUUGCUCCAAAACAAGUUGGUGCUGCUCUUGGCCUUGGAAAGUCCCAUCAGUGGAGGCGAGUCAGACCAGAUCACCUUCACCAGUCAAUCUCUGCAGCCUAAUGCACAGAUUGCGUGCAUGUCAGAAGGAACGCAAUAUAUUCUCCUGACAGGUCCAGCAUCCACGAGACAGCAAACAUGGAUGCUCUCCAUUGACUCAAAAGACCCUAAUAUGAAGAAAAGGAUGAAAGAACUCCUUACAGGUGGAAAUACAAGAAAAAGCAGGGUGACUCCAGUUCUUCUUUUCUCUCGUGAAGACGACAUCAGCACCCAAAUUUCUGGCUCAUCCCAGCCGCUUUCCUUCCUGUGUGAGCUACGCCGAUUCCUGAGUGGCACCCUUCCUCAAAAUCGUCCGGACGCCGCUCCGCUGAAACUGGACUCCCUGCAGGCCCCGCCCCCCAUCACGCUGGAUCCCUCCGCCAGCGAGUCCGUACUGGCGGAACUUCUCAACUCGACGGCCCCUACCAUCUUCUCCUUCACAGGCUCCACGUAUCAAGUCCACCGGGGGGAGCUGGCAAUGCCCCCCGGCUUACUUGACGAGCUCAGGCACGGUUUGGAGCAGAACCUUGUGCAGAUCAAGGAGGUUCUACGAGACAGGGAGGACGGCCAGAGGAACAUCAAGAGGCUCCAGAGGCUCUGGGAACUCUGCGCCUUUCCCAUGGUGGACCCAGCAUCAGGAGAAAGCCAGUACUGCGCCUUCCUGCUAUUGAAGGCCAUGAAGACAGUUGGUCACGAGAUGUUGCCCCAACUGCGCGCCACCCGUGCGGAGCCCAGCCCCACAGCCAGGCAAGCCACGUGCCGCCUGACAAGCCUGACCGUGUCCCUGGAGCGUUUCCUGGUAGCCCCCAACACUGCCAACAUCAACAACUGCCACGGCCGCUGCGCCUUCCCGCUGAUGAACACCGUAAACCACGCCGUGUUGCUCAACUCGCAUAUCGAGAGCGGCAAUAUCAACGAGCGCUCGCCGUGCUGCGUGCCGGUCGCUUAUGAGGCCCUGGAGGUGGUGGACUUGAACAAGAACGGCACAUUUUUUUUCACGCAUCCGGAUAUGGUAGCAAAGCAGUGUGGUUGUCGCUAACGCUAAUAUACACAGGCUGGUGUGCAAAGAUCCACUUAACUCACUUUCUUUUAUUUACUGUAUAUGUAUUUAUUCACAAAUGACACCGCUGGUGCAUAAAGGAACAUGUCGCGCUCCACUCAAUAUAUCUAUUAUAUAAAUGCAUGCGAGUAUGUCACAUUUUAAUUCAGGAUAGUAUCAAGAUGUCAGAGAAUUGUUUCACUGUCCUUUUUGCUGGGAAUUCUACAAAGUUAAAAUCUCCAUUUUAACCUUU